GCACUCGAUCGGCUUUUGCUUGGCUCGAUUGACUACCGUUUAUUUUUAUCUACUAGUGAUAUCUAUCUAUCUACUCCGUAUCCGGUUUUGUCUUACGGCCGCCCCUGACCUGUUGUGUUCUCCGGUAGUUUCAUCCGCCAAACUCCGUCCACGUCGCACAGGAGAUUGGACUGCGCCGACACUUGGGAUCUGUUCUUUUCUUUUUCUACUCAAUUUCCCGCAUUUUCGGCCUGUCGGCUGGUUGACUGCACAAUGUAUCUUGUCUCUCUCGUUCUUGAAUAUGGAGCGCCGUUUUUUCUGAUUACCUCCCCCGUGACCUCCUAUGCCGACCAGAUUCUCAGCAUUCAUCGGACUAGGAGUUCCGCCGGCUUCUCUCUAGAUAUUCCUCUCAUCAUGCUGGUCGCAUCAAUCUUGAAGGUAUUCUUCUGGUUUGGCGACAACUAUUCACUUGCACUGCUGGUGCAGGCGGUCAUCAUGAUCGGGGUGCAAAUGGUAAUGCUCAAGGUUGCGCUGGAUAAUCGGCCGGCACCCGGUGUGAAAAACAGCCUCGAGCACGUCCCGUUCAGCAGUACUAGUAAUACCAGCGGGUUUACCAGGCCCUACGACUUCUGGCAGUGGAAGAGCGCGAAACCGUAUUGGAUGUUUCUGGCCUACUUCCUCUCCGCACUCUCAUUUAUCCAGAUCUGCCUGCCCCCAAUCGCCCAAUCGGAGUUAUACAUUAACUGUCUCGGGUAUAUUGGGCUGACAGUAGAGGCUACGCUGCCUUUGCCUCAGAUUCUUGCUAACCAUCAAUCGCGCUCAUGCAAGGGAUUCCGGUUGUCGGUCUUAGCCGCAUGGAUUCUCGGUGAUCUGAUGAAACUGAGUUACUUCUUUUGCAGUCAGGAGAUAAUUCCCUGGGCAUUCCGCUUGUGCGCACUGUUCCAGUGUGUCUGCGAUUUAUACCUCGGGGUGCAGUUUUGGAUGUACACGAAGCCCUCGAUCAGGGCUGCAGGCAGCCUCAGGGAAUCCAAUGGAAAUUGGAACGUCGAGGAGAAAGACAUCCGGAUGACUUGAAUGUGUAACGGCCAUUUGGCGUACCCUGGUGCGUGAUGCAUUGUAAAUACUGGGGAGGGGAUCCUAGCUCUAUAGAGAUUUUGCUUAGACUAAUUGCUAGAAUAAUUUAUUUACCCUUUGAGUUGUGAGAUGUUGGAGAGGAAAGAUUUUUGGAAGUAUU